CUCGCAAGCUCCACCUCCUUUCACGCUCAUAAAUUGUGUUUACAAACUUUCAUUUCGGCAGAAGUUUCUCUCAAACCCAGAAGUCAAGAUCCUUCAAAAUGAGAGGCUAUAUUUUCAUCACAGUCCUGGCGUUCACCUUUCUCCAAAGAUCCACAGCUUCUUUAGAGUUAAAAGGUCCAACUGAGCCGAUUCUGGAAGGACAAGAUGUGACAUUGGAGUGUGUGGAUACAGAAUCCGAGUUGAACAUGAGCAGAGUUCACUUUGAGAGGCUCUCCAAGUACCGGGGGGUGUGGUACCGGCUCGAGUCAGAUCAAGUGUAUUUCUACCGCCGGUGUUUUCUGUAUGACGUGGAUGUGAGAAGGGAGGAUGGCAGACUGCUCCUCUUCAUCCCCGGCAUCCAGUCCUGGUCCGAGGGUCCAUACCGCUGCGUCAGUGAGGACAGUUCUGCAGCAGACAACUCCUCCCAACUCUUCACCAUCCCCAUACACUAUAUGCGGGAGGUGGCUGUGCACAGGGCUGGUUUGGGAUACUUAACACGUUAUUUCAACUCGGUGCAGGACCUCAAAGUACGCUUAGGAGAUGAUGUGGAGCUGGAAUGUUCUACUUCAGCUUCUGAGGCACCUGAGUACUUCUGGGCUAAAGAGGGAGAAGACUGGCUUUUGGCCUCCAAUAAGCUGAAGUUGGAGAAGGUGAGGGAACAGGAUGGGGGAAGAUUCACCUGUUCGGCUCAGUCUCCUACUGUGCGUUCUCUCAUGAAGAAACGUACAAUCAGCAUCACUGUUCUAAAAGAGGAUGCAGCAUGGUAUAAGACAACCAGCGGUCACAUUUUUCUCACGGUAGCUGGAGCAGGAUUGAUUCUUCUGGUGGUUGUGAUAGCAAUGACCACUUACCUCUGCCGCCGAGCCAGACAGAGGAAGAACAAGGGACCCAUUGAUGACCGCUCCCAGAAGAAACCCAUCUACAGAGCCAGCGUGGAGUCCCUGCCCUCCUCCGCCUCUGACAAGCAGCCGCUGGUGUAAAGAGCCAGAUUGAUGAAGGACUGGAAAGGAGAGGAGAGAAAAGAAGACGAGAAAAAAGAUUAGGGAGUAUUGGGUAUUCACAGCAGAAAAGAGUUAAUGAGAGUUUUGCUCAUGGAUUUUGUUAUGCUCUUGGGUCUUCGUUCAGAUAUAUAAUUAGGAGACUGUCUAUGCGGGGAAUCGAAAAUGUAUACAAAGUGGGGACAAGUGAUGGUUUUACUGUGUGUCCUUUCCAGUGUUGAUGGCAGCAGUGCUCUUCAACAAAAGGUGUGCAAUUUUCUCUGUAUUGAUUCAACAACCCUGCAAAAUUGAGUAAAGGCGAAAAUAUGUUUUUGUGAGGUGACAUUGAAUGCUUCUUUCUUCCCACCAGCCUUGGGUUGGCUUAUUUCUUCAAACUGAUUAACAUUUCUUUUUAGGAAGACUACCAUCUGCAAGCUGUACGAUCAUUUAGUCAGAUGUAGACAUUUUUUGGGGUAUUGCUUUACAUAAGUAUAUAAUCUUCUGCUUCAUUUGAAAGAACAGUAGAUAAGAUCCAAACUAAAACUGAACCAAUUACUCUAGAAGCACUUUGAAACUGUAGCACUUUUUUUACUUAAGUUUGAUUUUUCCAUAUCUUUGAAUUUAAAGCUAUUAAAAUAAUUUUACGACAUAA